UAGUGUGAGAGAAACAAGAAUUUUGUAUUGUUUACAUCGGCAGUUUUCCACAAAAAGUAGUCAAAAUUCAAGUUUUUCCCGUAUUUUCCGCAAUUAUUGUGUUUGAGAUGUGAAAAAGAAACUUUAGUGAUUCAAUUGAGUGCAAAAAUUAUUGAAGAAGUUGCAUUUUAAGCAGCAAAAUUAUAUAUUUUUUCCAGUUGUUGACACAAUGGUAUUUCUGAAGACAAAUAUGGACACACAGAAGACAACAAGUAAAACCAGCCUCCUGAACAUGAUGUUGAUGAAAGCAUGGCGAGAAAGAUGGACAGAUUGUCAAUGGGGCAUCAACAUAAAAACGGUCCUCCCUCGUGGAGUGAGCGGUGAUGUGUAUAAUCUAGCUGACUGCAUACUGCAACAAGCUGUCGUUGGCUCCGGUGCCAAUCAACUCGUUCUAUCUUACCUUCGUCAUUCUCUCUGUUCCCAUCUCAUCUCCCACGCAGCCGUUCUUAAGCGCAUCUCCAAGUACGAUGGCUUGGACAAACCCCAUUGUGUCUUUGCCCUUCUCGAGUUUCUCGAGUCCAUCAUCACGGGAGUGACUUGCCGUGGGAAGACAGAAGAGACCAUGAUUGUGAAUUCUGUGUCUUCCUUGGUCUUCUGGCUGAUGCAGGUGUAUGCCCAAGCCAUUAAGAUGCCUACGGGCGAAGCGGUCUCCUUUGACUGGAACACCAUUACCAAGAAGGUGGCCAAUGUACUGGAGAAUAUUGUGAAGAGUCAGUUCCUAAUGGGUAUCCUGUAUUUGGGAAAGCAGGAGGAUACUGAUUUAUUUGGGAAGAUCUCCAAGAAGUACAAUGAGAUUUUGGGCCUAACAGGGACGAAGAAUGCGGGGAUUGAGGAGGCUUUUAGAAAGGUGACUUUCAUUGAAUUGAGUCAUCUUGAGGUGAUUGAACUGGAACCGAAAGGAGUUGAAGCUGUGACAUAUUGCUUGCAGCCUCUCCUGGCCAUUGAAGUUCUCUUGAAUCCCAGUGCAGAUACGCAAAUUUAUGUGUCACAGUUGCUGAUGAUUCAACGUCUCAAGGGAUAUUCAUCACCUAGACUCUACUGUGAACUCAUCAGGGCGUGCCUGAUCUCCCUGAAUAAUGUCAGUGGACCCAAUAGGGAGUCCAUGUGGUGUGCUUUCACAUUUAUCAAAGUCCCUCACAUCCUUAAGCAACUCAAUGCUCUUAGCAAGGAUUACGACGAGAAAUUGGAUUAUUCACCAGAUGUUAUUGAAGCACUGGAAAUGCUUCUGGAAGAUGCUCCAGUUUUGGAUUUUAUGGACACUAAAUGUGUCUGCAAUACAGUUGAGUGUUUCAUGACGGAACUCCUCAAGCAGCAUCUCGUGACUGAGAAGCAAAUUAGUUUGUUUGCCUCAAGGAGAGAGACAAUCACAUCGAGUCUUCAGAAGUUGGAGAUCAACAAUCAACAGCCCUCAAUUGUUAAAUUUGUGAUCAGAGCUGAGCCUCCGCUGGCUGGAAUCCUCAAGACUCUGAGCACGGACUACAACAAAGUGCAGGAAGCGUUGCUGAGUAUGUUGUGCCAGGUGCUUUCUGGCAACAGUUUCGAGUUGAUCUUGUCAGUGGCUACGGUGGAGGGAAAGCUGAAGACAUUUGUAUCGCGCCUGAUUAAAUGCAACGAAUGCUCUAAGCAAGUUCCGGGAGAGACGGGAAAGGCAGCUUUGACAAGAGCUGCCCUCUUUGACGUCUCCUUCCUCAUGCUCACCUUUAUUGUGCAGACUUUUGGAUCUGACGUGGUGCUGGAUGAGGGUGGAGAGAGUUUCUUUGAGAAAUGGGUGAGGGAGUGUAUGGUGGAGAGGAAUAAGUGCAAAUCUCCCAUGAAUAUGGUGCAGCAGUGUGAUCAGGCAAAAGUUGAUGAAUUGCUGCUGCAUUUGCAUUCGCCGGAAGCCUACAAAGUCCCUUCGCUCAAGUGGCAUGAAGUAUGCAAUAAUAUCCCAGGUGUGCUGUAUCAUGUUCUGUUGGCCUGGGAAAAUGGACAAUCACCGACGGAUGUCAAGAAUAUCCUGGACAAUAUGAAGGUGAAGCUGUGUGCUUAUUCGGUUUGUGCAGCUUCGUGGCUCUGUUCGUAUCUGCAGAUUGUCUGUGCUGAUGAUCUGCUGAAGCCCAUGAAUAUGGUUCAGCAAUUUCUGACGGCCAUUGCUCCCGAGGAGAUGGCUCAGCAGGAGAAUUUCAAGGAACGCUUGGGAUUGACUUUUCAGAUCAUCCGGAAGAUGCAGCAUGAUUUUCAUCCGGCCGGAAAUCCCAAGAUGCGCAUGAUGCUGACGCACAAUCUUGUUUCGCCGAAUCCUCUGGCUGAGCAUUUUGGGGAUGUGUGGAAGAGUGUGCAGGAACGCGGAUGGCUUCCGGUGGAUGCUGCUCAGACUCUGGAGAGUCUCAUGCAAUCGUGUGGACCUCUGUGGUUAGUCACGAAGUUGGUGCAGGAAAUUUUUGCCUGUAAGCACAUCAGUGACAUGCUGAGGGUAAUGGACAUUGCUCUGGCUAUUAUGCACUUGGACAUUGAGCUGUGCACGGUAUCUCUGCUGUCUGAACUCCUGCCCAUGUUGCUGCUCAGCAAUGUUGACACCUUCCGGACUGUUGAAUUGGUUGAGCCUCAAUCGAGUGUUGUGGCCAGACUCUGUGUCUGCGCCAUUCUCUCCACGCUCGAGAGUCCCAGCCAGGUGAAGAAAAAACGUUCCCGGACUCUCGAUCCAGAUGACAUUGACAGUCUCUGUCCUCCUUCCAAGUCCCGCAAACUCAAUCCUGAUCUCACAGCGGGAGAUUCGUGCUCAAGUGACAUGCCCAUGGAGAGCGUAAUCAAUCGUGAACCUCCGGCCACAGUUCCAGAACCUCUGGCCAGUUGCUUCCAGAGUCUGCUCAAGAUGUUCGCCAGCUUCGUCACAGCUGACGAAUUCUCGCCAAAAGUUCAUUUUAUUUUCCAUUUUCUCAUUCUACUGGUUCAAUGCGGACGUGACAGAGUUAAACCCUUGCUGAGACUCUUGCCACCUGGAUUUGUGCAGAAUCUUCUCAAGAUCAUUGUCACGGAUGACUUUACUCCAGGACUAAUUCUGCGUCUCUAUGAUCUGCAAACUUCGAGACAGGGAGCAGUUUCAGAUCUCUGUCUACUGAGGAAUAUUCAGCUCAGGAAGGAGAGCAUCAGACUCUAAGUGUUUUCUACUUUUUGCAAUUUUUAUCACGAUCAAUAAAUUAUACAUGCACCAGAAUAAAUAAAUUAAGAAAUAAUGAUUCUUGAUAAUCAAGAUGAAGAAGA